AUGGCGGACUCGCCGCCCGGGGCUGCGCGCCGGCAGGGCCGGCGUAAGAGCCGGCGGGUGGGGGCUUCGCCCUCCUCGGCCUUCCGCAUUCCGCCGCUGGGCGUCACCUUUCUCUUCCUCCUGCUUCAGAGACCCCCCGCAGUUCAGUCUUCAAGGAGAUUCUCAGGAAUUGCAAAUCCAAACCAUAAUGAUUUGAAAAUAGUAGGAUCAACCACAUUUCCAGUUAAAAUUUAUGUCAAAUUGAAUCACAACAGUCCACGUAUUCUGUGUGUAACAAAUCGGCUACGAAAUUCAGAGCUGAUAGAUCCAGUAUUCCAAUGGCAUGGACCAGGAGGUGUCCUUAUUGCAGAAAAUAGCAGUGUGAAAAUAACACCAACAGGAACCCUAAUAUUCAGACACUUCAAAUACGACAUGAGUGGAAUUUACACUUGUUCUCUCGUUUUUAAACCAACCGCAGAGCAGACUGAAAAAAACUAUUUGCUCAAAUAUGUUAUUUAUGCUUAUUCUGAUCCUAAUUUUUACUAUGAGUUUACAGCCCGGUAUCAUGCAGCACCUUGCAACAGUAUCUACAAUAUAUCUUUUGAGAAGAAGUUGCUUCAAAUACUAAGCAAACUUGUCAUUGAACUUUCUUGUGAGGUUACUUUACUCAAGUCAGAGUGCCAUCAUGUAAAAAUGCAGAAAGCAGGUCUACAAAAUGAAAUCUUCUUUACUUUUACGGUUUCUUCUUUAGAUACAGAAAAAACCAACAAUCCAUGUCAGCAAAAGAAUUGUGAUACUGCUAAAAGAUUAAAGAAGGCAAAAGACCUUAUAGAGAGAUUUUUUAACCAACAAGUGGAAGUGCUGGGGAAACGUUCUGAGCCCUUACCUGAAAUAUACUAUAUUGAAGGUACUCUGCAAAUGGUAUGGGUUAAUCGCUGCUAUCCAGGAUAUGGAAUAAAUGCUCUGAUACAUCCAGAUUGUCCUGAUUGUUGUGUUGUCUGCAGCCCAGGAUCAUAUAAUCCCCAUGAUGGAGUUCACUGUCUUCAGUGCAACCAUACUUUGAUAUACGGAGCAGCAAAAUGUUAG